AUGCUGAAGUGCACUUAUGAAGGUCGGAAGAUGGGUAGGUUCAACUCGGACAAGGUGGUGUCGGUGGCGCCCGCUGCGCUACAGGGCUUCGAAGCACUCUCCUUUGGGCACGCAAAUCCCUUCCAGCGCCAACAUGGUUUGCACUGGAGGAAGCGCCAAGAGCAGCUACGAGUGAAGGAAGGAUGUCCACUGCGAAAUUGUCCUAGAAGCCAGGGUCUGGUGGGGACGAAGUUCUCGCUACACGGCGCAUACGGGUGGAUUCGCCGGAGCACCCAUCGGAAGAUGUGGGGCGAGACAAAAGCCUGCAGGUCCUCGAAUCCUUUGGCAGCUCGAAUCGAAAGUUUGAGUCGUCACCGUCCGCUACACCUGGACGGUGACUCGCAUGGU